GGAUGUAUAACCAAGCGAAAGUAACAACAGCAAAAGGCAAAGUGCAGUCGCUCGAAGGUAGCAAACCACCCAGCCACCCACCCAAUUCCAAAGACCAUUGAAAGGACCACGCACACGCAAAUCAACAGCUGGACAAACGCAGGCAGAAAUGCUUCCCCUCUGCGGCUGCGCGGCGCUGUCCGCCUCUACCCUUUCGGCGCCAGCCCUCUCGCCCCGCUGCGGCCUGCUCCGUCGCUGUGUCCCCGCCUCCUGCAGACCCUGUAUCUCCACGACGGGCUCUUCUUCCUACUCCACCCAUGGACUGCUCGUGGGCCGCCCGACCAGGCUUCUCCGCCAAUCCGCCACCGCCGCCGCCGCCACCACGACCACCGCGCACGCCGGGCCAUCUACCCCGUCCGACACCGUCGCCGCUCCCACCACCGAUGCGGCGGGCCCGACGAACGACGCUGAGAUCCGGUUCUACGACACCUUCCUUUUUUCCACCGAGGACGUCCAUCUUCUCUUGCUCGAGGAGGCGCACCGUAAGCACGGGGUCUGGAUGAACGUGCCUCCGCAGCUCGCCCCGACCGUGCCCGACGUCGGACCACCCACCAUUCCCGAACCCCUUUACCCACCGAAGCAGCAGCAGCGCCUGGACGCGUUGAUGCGCGGCACCGAAGCCGCUCGUCUCUCCCGCCGCACCUCGUCCACGAGCGGGACGCGUGAAGCGAUCCAUAGCUCGGACUGCCUCGCCUACGCCCCGACGCAUGCGCCACCGCCGUUUGUGACGGCCGGCACACAUUCACUGUGGUUGACGGGGGAGGCGGCGGGAGGUGAUGACAGUCGAGCUACCGCUAUCGCUGCUGCCGCUGCUGCCACCAUGGUGGAUCGGAGUGCCGCUGCGAACACCACCACCACAGCUGCGCAGCUGACGGUGACGGUGGUCGCCAUUCGGGCCCCGGUGGACCAAACGAUGUUGUUUCAUUGCAGCGCGUGCGGCCGUGCGUUCCGUCGACGGGAGGCGGCCAAGGAGCACGUGGAGCAGCGGCACCGCCACGCGAGCGGCGAGGAGGAGGAGGAGGCGGAGGCGACGGUGCUGGAGGGCCCGGGUCUGGGCGAGAUCACCGGGUACAAGAACGUGGUGGGCAGCUCGACGGUGAAUUCUCCUGCUGCGGCGCCGAAUGCGGCGUCCACGGCGACUGCGACGAUGGCCGACCCGUUAAAAAACACUGCUGCUGUUGCUUCCCCGAGCGCAGGCGCCCGUGCCACGCUGAGCGGCGCUGCCUCGGCUACGUUGAAGGGGGUCUCGGCUCCGACGCGGAAUGAGAGCGGUGCUGCGGCUGCUGCCACCACCACCGCCGGCGAACCAGCCGCUACGGCAGCGACUUCAUCUCCCUCUUCGAAACUGGCACCGUCGUCGUCGAGACUGGAGAGGGCGGUUACCUCCUACCUCGCCUCUCCGACGGUGAUCCUUCCAGAGGACGACCUCGUUGAUGAACUCCUCUCCUCCGUGUGGGAUGAAGUUGGUUUGAAGCGCAGCGAUAUCGCAAAGGCAGCGGGGGUGCAGGGCAGCACGGCGGUUACGGCCUCCGAUAGAGAUGGCGCGGCGAUGUCGGCACGCCCUGCCGCUGUCAAUGCCGCGCACGUGGACAGCUGCAACGGCAAGCUCUUCAUCCCGAGCUCGGCGUUUGUGCACGGCAAGGCGGACAUACGCGCCGAGCUCGAGGCGGAGCUGGCGAGCAAGCCACUCGCCCGCGCUACCCCAGAAGGGGCCGCGCCCGGUGUGCGACGGCCGAACAUCGUGAUGUCGUCCGCCAACAGUAAGGCGUCGCUGCGUCUGCAGACGAGGCGCCGCAAUCCUGAUGGCACCGUUACGCUGGCGCUGACUGACGCCAUGACCGCCAGCGUUGGCGGCGCAGGGCUGAGCGCGGCGCCAACCGCAUUGGAAAUGAGUAUCGCGGAGCUGAGCCGGCAUUACCCCAACCCCUUCGGGAACAGCCCCAAUGCCGCGUUGGUUGAGCAGGAGAAGGAGCCGGUCAACCCGUUCCGCGACGUGGAGGGGACGAUGGCCGCCGCAGCGGCGAGGGAGGAGGCCAGCCGUAACGAGGUAGCGGGCGUGAACGACGCGGGCGGCGGCAACGAGUCGUGUGAGAAGAGUGGCGCGCUGCGUUGCGUCGACUGGCAGGCGCGCUUUGCAUCUCGGCCCUACGCCUGCCCGGUCUGCCAACGACGUGCCUUACCGGGCUUCACGGCGGCGCUGGAAGCGGUGUCCGCGCCUUCCUUCGCCUCGGCGGUUGAGACCGAAUUGACGGGCACCACAGGGUUGUCCUCGUCCGAAUCCUCUACUGCCAUUGCUGGUGAUGGUGGUGGCGGUGCUUCAGCAUCCGCCGCCAACGCCACCGCCUCCUCGUCUUCCAACAGAUCAGCGCCGCUGACGGAUGCGCAACGGCACGCAAAUGGAAAAGGGAGGCAGGUGCAGAAGCGCAAAUCAACGUCUCCGUCACCCGCCGGCGGCACUGCCGCUGCGGCUGCCACGCCGGCCGAUGCGUCCAUCACGGAAGUCGACGAGGAGGCGUUGAGGUGGUACGAGUCCACGGUGCCCCGCUUCCGCCUGCUCGAUGCACUGGAGAACCACGUGGAGGCCUGCCACGAGGUCCGCGAAGCACCCCUCCGCACCGACCCGGGUAACAGCGCAGGGGGGACGGCGGAUGCAUCAGCAGCAGCAGCAGCGGCCACAGAGGAGGAGGAGGAAGAAGUUACCGAGGCAGAUUGGCAGAGGUUGUACCGCGUCGCCGCGUCACCAAUGCAGUCGGCUGCCACGGAGAUGUUGACGGUGCGCCGUGUGUAUCGCGCCGUCGCGGCAGCCAAAGCCCGGCGCGCUGCCUCUCUCAACUCUUCGUCGUCUGCUUCCUCGUUGUCAACGACCACCGCCGCGACGGCGUAUGCUGACGGGGAGCGCGGCGUGCGAACGCGGUCCGCAGAGGCUCCUGGCGCGAGUACGGACGACGUCCCCGCAGGUGGUGCCGGGCUGCAUAGCACGGCGGGCGGUUCCUCUGGCAGCGCGGAGCAGAUCGGUGUGGCAAAAACGCCCGGCGACGAUGCCGGCACGUCCGCCGGUGCUGACGACGCAAGCGACGCGUUGGCGGACGCGGACGCACCGCACGUGCACGUCCGCGCCGCCGUGAACACCGUCCUGGUCGGGGUGGUCCGUGACGUGCAGGAGGGCUUUGUGGGCGCCACCCGCGUGCUCCAGUACGUCCUUGCUGUCCGCAACAGUAUCAGAGACACGACCGCCAUGACGACCGCAACGUUGAAGUCAGGCACGACUACACCAUCUUCGGCUUCCAGCACUUCGAUGUCAUCGUCUGAUGCUUCUGUUGCUGCUGCUGCAACUGGUGCAGAAGCGGAAGAGCAGAAGAGAAGGAAUGAAGAUGACGUGGAAUUGGUGGUGGUGCGCUGCAUGGGGGAUCUCCUGCCGGCUGCACUGCUGCAUCAGCAGGUGCAUAUCGGUGCAACGGUGUUUGUGACGGGUACGCUGCGGAUGAACCGUAAUGUGGAUACGGCCUCGCGACGCUCCCACGCGUACCCGUAUGUGCAGGUGGUGCCUCCGCUGGGCUCGGUGCGUGUGGUGAAGUGA